AUGGCAUUGGCCUUGAAGCAACAAUCAGAAUGUCUUUACCCUGGCUACAUGAUAUGUCCUGAAUUUGACGUCGUUGAAGAGAAUGGAAAAGAGUGCAUCAUAAAAUACAUUCCCAGCCUGGGGGUCGCAAAGCGGCCGUUUUCCGUGGACGGGAAACAAAUCAACGUUCUGAUUGCGACUUUAGUGGGAAAUUUGAGCGUUAAACUACAGGAGGACUUGGAGUCCCAAGACGCAGAGGAAAAAGAUGAAAGUUCUGAAAAUUCCGUUACCGCAGAUCAAAGCGAUGACGAAAGCAAGGUCCACAAGGUUUAUAUUGUGAGCGUUAAGGACGAAAAACACAUUGGGAAAUCGGUUAGGGAUGAUUUUACAAAUAAUUUGCCGAAGGAAGGAGAUAUCGUACUGGCAAGAGUCACGAGAAUAAGCCUUCAACGAGCCAACGUUGAAAUUUUGGCAGUUGAGAAUCAAAGGACGCCAAUAGACAGUGGUGUCGGGAGUAACGGAUCCGGAGAAGUUGCUGCAGGUGGUGGAUCAGGUGCUGCGACUUUUUCGGUAUCGCAAGUGUCAUCGGAUUUGGGUGAGACUUUUAAGGGAAUCAUAAGGUCUCAAGACGUUCGCGCAACAAACAGAGACAAGGUAAAAAUCAUGGACAGUUUCAAACCUGGGGAUAUAGUUCGAGCCCGAAUCUUGUCUUUAGGAGACGGCUCCAAUUAUAAUUUGACGACAGCACGCAACGAUCUGGGCGUCGUAUUCGCAAAAGCUAGCAACGGUGCCGGCGGCUUGAUGUACGCGAUUGAUUGGGAGACCAUGGUGGCACCAUCCACAGGUAACAUGGAACUGCGAAAAUGUGCCAAACCCUUCGAAUAG